AUGAAGUUUCUUCCCCUUCCCGAAUUUGAGGACGUGACAAGCUCGCUCAAUUUCGAUACAAAUGAUUGUCACAUAAUCGGCGGAUGCGACGUGUAUACCACCAAGGCCGCCCGCUCAGACCGAAAGCUUUACAACCAUAUCGAACAAUCAUUGGAGGCACAGUACGAAUCAGUUCUACGCUUUUCGGCAUCACUUUCACCUCCGAAUGCCCACGAUGCCGCUGAGACUCUAAACCUAUCGCGAUCCAGUCCGUUCGGCCCCCUGAGCGACCACUCAAGCCGCCGGACGUUCGCCUAUCUGAUCGCUACUCUCAAUGCCAGCAACCCAGACUACGACUUCUCGCAGGUCUUGCGCCCGACCGAUUUCAGACGCGAGAGGAACCUGAAGCGGACGAUGAACACGAUAGAUUCGACCCUCCUCAAUCUGCGACCGCGCGAGAACAUCAACUUAUCACCCGCGUCCCCCGCCACGCUGUCAGGAUCCUACAACGCAGGCUCAUCUUCAUCAUGGGGACCGCGCGUAUGGAAGACAAUUGACGAACACAUGUCACUCAAGGAGUGUUCAAUUUACUCGUAUUCCCCGGAAGAGGACCCAUCCGAUGCCGACGAUGGGGCCAUCUGGAGUCUCCACUUCUUCUUUUUUAAUCCACUCCGCAAGCGCGUCUGCUAUAUCUACCUGCGCGCGAUUCCCAUUCUCAGCCAUACGCCCGACGACAUGGUUGACAUGGCCGCGACUCCGUCUGGCAAGCGCACGUACGAUGAUGGCUACCUCACUCCGGACCUCAGUUCCAGCAAGCGUGCCAAGUUCUGGUUUGGAGAGCGCGCCCGCUCCACUCUUAUCGCUAGCGAUAGCGAUGAUGAGAUGGAUCGUCCGCCCAAGGCGAGACCUAUGACGGAUGAGUAUGAUACUUAUAUCAUCAGUGAUGACGAGGAUCCUCUGCCGCCCCGUCGUGGAGUGCGUGCUAUGAGUGAGGAGAUCGCCGACUCUAUGGAGGUUUAA